CACAACUCACUUAUCAUUCCAACACAUUUGCAAAGACACACGGACGGACAGAAAAGAUAAAAAUGGUCCAAGUUAAGAAGCUGUGUAUGACUUUUGUUAUAAUUAUUAUAAUAAUGUUUAUUGCAAGACUACCAUUAAAUUUUCAAAGUACUGUAACACGUUCGCAAUUAAUAAAAAAUAAAUUCAAUGGAACCAAGGGUCCUCAGACAAAAUUAAUAAAUGACUUGAAUAUAACAUUCACAACACCAAGCAUCAUUCAAAAUUCUACAGAAAUAUCUUCAAUUCAGGAAGACAUUUUCUCUUUUAAAAAGGAACUUCCAAAGAAUACUAUGAACCUUUCCAAUGAAAUCUCAGUAUUGACUGCAUAUUUCAAUUUAGGAUCCUUUGCAAAAGGCAGUCCUGGACAUCAGUAUACCCCAAAUAUCUAUUACAAAUGGAUGUCUAUAUUUGGCAACAUGACUAACAAUUUAAUUGUUUAUACAGAUGAUAAAAUUGCAUACAAAUAUUUCCAAAAAUUAAGGGAAAAGUUUCCUAAAGAGCGAACCAAAAUAUUUCUGAUAAACAAGAAAGAAUUGUGGUCAUUUCAGAUAGAAAAAAAUAUUUCUCAAAUAUAUAAACAGCCUGGUUAUCCAAAGCAUCUUCCCAACACUGUUGUGCCUGGAUAUUCUUGUGCCAUGCAUGCAAAAAUUGAACUUCUUAAUCGAGUUAUAAGAAAGAACUAUUUUCAUACUAAAUACUUUAUGUGGCUAGACGUUGGAAUAUUCAGACAUCACUCAGAUAUUAAAUUUAAAAUGGUAAUACCUAAAAGUUUUGAUGAUACUAAGGUUGCAUACAGCAAUGUAAAUAAAUUUAAUCAGCAAGUAACCUAUAAAGACAUUAUUUAUAAUAAUAUGGUAUGGUUAGCUGGUGGUUGCAAUCUUGGUAAAUAUGAUGUUUUGUAUAAAUUUACUCAAGAGUAUUUGAACUUCGUUAACAAUUCCUUGUCCAUAAAACUAAUAAGUACAGAUCAACAGAUCAUAUAUGGAAUGUAUACGAACAAACAUAAACCAGAAACAAAGCUUCAAAUUUAUUAUUCAGGUUGGUUUAAAUUAUCUGAUCUAAGUUAUACAGCAGGAAAGAACUGAUUUGUUUAAAUAUAAAUAAAUAUGAAUGGCGGUAAAGGUUUGUAUGUUGAAACAUCAUUUUAUUUAUCCACAAUUCAUCUUGUUAUGAAUGAUUGCAUGAAACAAGCAUAAAUCAUGAACAAAUUGUUUUGUUCAUCAAUAAAGAACACAUCUGAAACAGCUGUAAUGAAC